ACCAUAUUUCGCUAUCAUGGACUUAAAUAAUGUUUGAUGGGGCUAUUUUAUCCAGUAUUAUUAAGGUUUUUUUUCAAUAUGGGGCAUGGUGCAAGUACAAAUGUCAAAAAGGUUACUUUAAAUGACCAAUAUGGCGAUAAUUAUAGAUCGGGGUGGACAAGGUCAAACUCAGAUGGAUGUAUUGUUGAGACAAGUUUGAACUCAAGUAAAACAAAGAUUGAACUCAUGGAUCAGCAACGGACGGAGUUGAAGGAGCUUUUGAGGACUAGUGAAGAAAAUUUGAAAGAAUCUCAAAAUAUGAACCUGGAGAUUCAAAAACAGAUGGCAGAGGUUGAAGGCACAAACUUUGAGCUACGAGACAAAGUGUCAGAGUUAGAGCAAAUUGUAGAGUCACUACAGGCUCAGGUGGCACGGAAUCAAGAAGAAGAUCUCACUGAAACACUGGCAGCAAAAGACCUAAAUAUUGAACAGUUACAAAAACAGGCAAACAGCUAUCUUGAGGAAAAGGAAAAGCUAAAAGCAAAAUACAGAAAACGUUUGAAUGCUCUGAAGACACAAGUAGCUGAGGUUAAACAAGAAGGGUCUCUAAACAUGUAUAAAUUGAGGCAAGAAAUUGAGAUGUUGGAAGAAGAAAACUAUAAACUUACAGCAAAACUUGACAGAGCGAGUUCAGCAUCAAAAAGUAGACAACACAAAGAGGAGAGCAAGAACCAUGGAAAUGAUGAAGCAAGUAUUACUGAUUGGGAAGAUAGCCGCACCAAGGUCAUACUCCAACUGUCUACGCAGCUCUCCAUGCAACAAGAAAAAAUUGAAGAAUUACAAAAUAUUUUGGAAGAGAAAGAACGAUUGAUUAAAGAACAUGCUAAAUCGCUGCAACAUAAACAUGAUGGUUUGAGACAGAUUUCGCCUCAGACUAUUAAUUCAGGAAAAUUUUCAAAUGAAAGAAAAGAAAAAAGUGCUGAUCCAGAAUUCCAUCAAGGAACUAGGUUCACUCAAAGAUGGAAAUCAUCAUCAAAUACUGAUGAAACUUAUGAUUUCAAUGAAACUGUUGAGGAAACAUCGCACAUUGAUACUAAUCAUGAAAUGGUUGGCAGUAUGCGUGUAACUUCUGCAACUUCUCUAACGUCAGGUCUUUCAGAUAUUUCUUUACCUGAUCAGACUUUUCAACAGACUGCCGAAAGAAGGAGGCGGAAAAAACAUUCUAAAUAUUCAAGCCGUCAAAUGUCUGCCGAAAGCUGUGACUCUGGCGUGUAUUCCGGGUCCAGAAACAGUGCCCACAAGGUUCCACAACUGGAAUGUAAUUGAUUGUAUUGUUAAAUGUACUGUAACAUGAAACGGUAGCUACAAGGUGUUCAGUUGACAAAGCAAGCAAUUCAAUGUGAAGUAUAACUUGACCAUCUGGCAGUAUUUCCAAUAAAAAUAUUAAUUUAUUGUUAUCCUUCCACGAAUAUCCAAGAAUACAUCUAAAGUUUUAUAAAACGUUUUUCUAACUGUUAAAGUCUUUCCAGUCUUAAAACAUUGUUUUUAGAGGAACAUGCUAUGUUGGCUAAAUAUAUUAUGAAAUAAAGUACAGUCUUUUUAAUCUUUAUAACAAAGGUUUGUUCUAACAUCUGCAUAUAAUAAUAAAUAAUAAACUAUGCAGAA